AUGAUCCACUUUUUUAUAAUUCAAAAUUUGAAUGGAAAUACAAUAUUUUCUAGGUGGUAUAAUUUGGAGAAUGCUGAGAAUAGAAACAAGAUACAAGAAGCAAUCAAGGGAAGGCUUUCAUGUUUGGAGGAAAAACACUUAUCCUACUUUACCUUAGAAGACACACGAAUAGUAUUUAAAAAGUAUAAGAAAAUAUUCAUGAUAACGGGAGUAGAUUUUGAUGAAAAUAUUCUACUAAUUCUUACUACCAUUCAACUAAUAAACGAAGCAUUUGGAAGCCAUUCACGUGACAUUUCUGAUGUAGAUGUUAUAUAUAACAAUAAGAAAUACCUAAAAAUAUUAGACGAAAUUAUUUUAGGAGGGGAAGUCAUAGGGACUUCAAUAAAAAACAUAAAAAGCUUAAUUAAGUAG